UCGAACCUGGCGCGGAGAAGGCUGUCGGCUGGGUUACAUUAGUGUUUCAAUCACCUCACAUUAGGCACGCUGCUUUGUGUGCUACUCAGUCGAGCAAGUCGGCAAGAUGAAGAAAUCCGGGGACUUCCUCUCACUGCUCAACAAUCGCGACCUUCUGAAGACACCGUCCGGGAACUCCAUCGUGAACUUCCUGGUGAAGCCCAUGAGCGUGGAAAUGAACACGGCGGACAAGCUGAUCACGGGCGCCAGGCGCCAGCGGAUGAUGGAGCUCUUUAACGAGGAUCGCGCCUGGGAGGCCGCCGAGUUGUCCCGGUUCGGGCUGAGCUGCAUCAAGGCGCCGGAUUGCUAUCCCUGCUGCACUCCCUUCGAGUGCUCCAAAGCCAAGUUUUAGGCCUAAACGAUGCGAUGACCUGGUAUUUUGUUGCACUCGCAUGUGUAAGAAUUAAAUCCUUACGUUAAUCGGACUUCAAAAA